UGUUUAUUUAUACUUUGUGAGAGAAAUGUUUCCAAUAACUGUGUCCACUGUACUUUAUGUAAAUUGGAUUGUGGGAGAAAUUUGAGAAACACCUUUCUGGAAAAUGUAAUCCAGUCUUUGCCAUACAUAUUUUGUACAUUUUCGACUGUAACUGCAAAAUAUGUUAUCGUACUAUGAAAAUUCCAAUCCAGAAACAUAUUUUCAAUACCGGCUUCAAUUGGUUCAAUUGUUUUGGUUAUUUUCAUGCACAUGUGUAAAGCUUAUAUUUAGCUGGGUUACAGCACUUAAGCAGUAAUAUAGCAAGACUAUAAUUUACAUUAUUUUUCAAAAACUUAAAAACUGACAAAGUAAGCUACUAUUGUAUGUUCUGUGUUGCAGAAUAUAUUCACAAAAAAGAGGAAAAUGUUUAAAGGCUUAUCCACCACAAACUACAACCUUAAAAAUGAAAAAUAAAUUGUUGAAUCAACACAUCUUUUUUUGUAGCGUUUGUCUGACUCUCAAUAACAUAAUAGUAUUUAGCACUGAGUAGCUUCUAAUAAUAUAAAUCUUAAAAAUAAAUCAGUAACAGUUAAAAAAGUGCAUGCCAUAACUUGUGUCACUGAGUGACUCACUCCCUGUUCUGCUCUCUUGUUUGUUAACAGUCAUGUCACGGAGAAGCUCAAGAUUAGAUUUGUCGGGAUAUUAUAACAACGAGGGCGAACCCGUUAUUAGAUACAGGGAGUCCAGGCAGAGGAAUAUCAAACGACGUAGGACCACCUUCCAGUCCUGGAGACGACGUCUUCUCGACACGGCAGACGGCGAGAGCGAAUGUGGCUCCUGCAACAAAAGACAACAUGACAACAGCAGGACCUUCAUGACGAUUGUUUCCCUGCUGAGCUUUAUUGUCUCCCUGUGUUUAGCAGGAUUUGCAUUCGCAUUGCAACAGGAAAAGCUGCAGGAGUGUGAAAAUAGGUUGAAGUACCUGCAACCGGUGGCAGAUACAAUGCCUAAUUUUGCUCUGGAGACGCAGGGGGCCUUUAUUUUACCAAGUCUUUCCACAGCAACGUACCAGCCACCAUCAUGUGUAACGUAUUUGGGUAUUUCUCUUUGGCAACCCCUUAGGAGCCCAAGGAUUGUAAUUCAGGGACACCCCCUAAGAGUGGGAGACUGCUGGCCCCUCCCUGGUGAUCAUGGACAUUUAUUUAUCGCCUUGUCCCACCCGGUUACCAUCAGCCAUGUAACACUGGGUCACAUUUCAAAGAACGUGUCCCCAAGUGGCAGCAUUUACAGUGCCCCAAAGGAGUUUUCUGUCUUUGGCAUGAAGACUUUAGAUGAUGAAGGAACCCAACUAGGAACAUUUCUUUAUGAUCACGAUGGGGACCAGGUACAGACUUUCAAACUGCCUGAUCAUAAAAAAGGUACCUUCAACUAUGUGAAGCUGCAAGUUGAGAGCAACUGGGGCCAUCCGGACUACACCUGCCUGUACAACUUCAGAGUCCAUGGAAUGCUGCAAACCGGAGAAGGGAAACAAGGAGAGAAGAUAAAACUGUCUUCUGGUUGCAGAGAUUGGUAAGUAAAGUAUGGGUAAGUAUGUAUUUGUUUGAAUGUAAGGACUCUGACCAUCUGUGAGUAACUAGACUUAAUUUUGAACUUGUGUUGUGGAAUUUGCAGUCAUAAAAUAUAAGCAAUUUUUGUGUUAAUUUGGGGAGGGGGGUCUACAGCUGUAUAUUUGCUGGGGGGGAAGUAUGGUUCCCCAUACCUUCUCCCAGCAAACAUCAUACCUGACAGGGCUCAGAGAUAUGUCACAGCUGUGCAGCACACGUUGGCAGGAUGGAGACAGGGUGGGUGUGUUACUGGGGGGAGGUUUGGAGUACCGUGACGGUUCCCCAUUCUUCCUCCCAUCAAACCUCCUCCCUGACAGCACUGAAAGGUAAGUUACAGCUGUGCAGCGCACUGUG